GCUAACUUUGGAGUUCUCCAAAACGACGUUCAUGUGCCUAGGAAAGAAGCUCUUGUGACACCCAUCAUACUCUCAGUUAUAUUAUUUUAUUUUUGGGAAUUCAGUAAAAAUAUUUAGAAAAGAAUUACGGGAUGUCCGUUGGCGUGACGUCAUUGUCGAAUCCUUUUUUUUUUCUCCCCAACUCAUUUACGUUCAAAAGUUAAACUCUCCUAGAUGCUAACGUUAGCUAGCAAUUUAAGUUUUCUAGAGACAUUUUUAUAUUCACCUAACGAUAUUUAAAUUAGUUUUGGAGCGUAUUGUUAAAUUACAUAAGCGCUGACGUUGUUUAGCCUAUGUUGUGUUAGUUUUAGUUAACUUUAGAGUUACUUACAGAGGCGGUAAGUUAACGUUAGCCUUACUAACUCAAGCUAGCUGACUGGCAUGCCCCCCAGAAGAUGCCCACAACAAGCUCAAAACAACACCAAUGAAGGUGACAUAACACAGGGGGUUGCUGGAGAAAAAGCACGGAGGAAUUGGGUGUAAUAUUAGUGGGUAACUGUUAUGAUGUGAUGGACGAAGGGAAAAGACUGUCUCCCUCGAAUGGAAGAGCUUUUAGAAAAGCCUCAGCCUGUUUCUCCUGGUCAAAUGAUACUUCAGCUGAGCUCUGGCACAGCACUCCAGUUAAAAUGAAAAAUGGUGGUGCUUCACUAGAUGCUAGCCAACCCUCGCUCCUAACCAGCUUCAAGAUGGACUGCUCAGCAAAUCAGUGGGCCACAAGUACACCUCCCAUCCCUGCAGACACCCUCUGUCCCCCCAGCUCGCAGGACGCUGAGUUUCCGGUGAAUGACCCGAGUGGCUCCACCAUCCAGAGGCAGAGGAGGGAGCUCCAGCUGCUGAUGGCUGAGCUGAAGGACCGGGACAGGGAGCUGAACACGAUGGCUGCCUCCCAUCAUAAGCAGCUUCAUGCCUGGGAGCAAGACCGCCAGAGAGUGCUCGCCUUGGAGCAGAGGUGUGGCCGUUUGGAUGAUGAGUUGCAGAAGCGUAAUGAGGUGAUCCGAGUCCUGACUAAACGUGUGUGGGUGGUGGAAACCAGGGAGGAGGAGGUCCAAAAGGAGCUCAGCGUAGCCCGACAGCAGCUCUGCGAGCUUGAACAGAAACAGCAGCACAUCAGCCAAAAAUGUGAAGACUUUGAGGAGAGGAACCAGAGCCUCAACACCACGGUCAUGGCUCUGUCCACGCAGGUCGGCUCUCUGCAGGUCAGGGAGGAAGAACUGAGUUCCAUGCUUAAACUAAAGGACAAAGAUGUGACUGAGGCCUCGGGUCAUAUAGUCAACCUCACAGGGCGCCUACGAGAUCUGGAGACAUCGCUUACAGAGAGUCGCUCACAGGAAAGCAAACUCCUGAGAGACUUAGAGGAAAACAAACGCCGUUACAGAGAGGCCAAGCAUGAGAUCACACACCUUAAAGAGGAGCUGCAGCAGCAGGUAACACAGAGCAGCACCCAGAGGGAGGAGAUCAUCCGUCUCAAACAGGAGCUCCAGCUGCUUCGCAGAGAUCUGGCCUUGUCAGGGGAGGGAGACAGCUGGAAAGAUGAGCUGCUAGAACUGGCUCGCUCCAAACAGGAACGCACCAUGUCAGAGCUCCGCUGCCUACGACAGGUGUGUGAGAAUCAGCGGAAUGACCUGCAGCUUUUGCAGUUGAACCUGGAAAGUGCCCGUGAAACCGUGAGAGAGAAGACCAGUCAGGGAUUACCUGGCAGUCAGGAUGAGCUAAGAUGUUGCUGUCUGGACAACCGGUCACCUGCAUCACUCAGAGUGAAGAACUCAAGACCUUUACAUGAUGCUGCCACUCUGACGGCAGCCAAUCUGCAAGGCACAGUCAACGGUGACCUGGGAGUCUUCUCAACACAUUGGAUGGAUGGCGACGAUCCUCUGUCCAGCUGUUCUCUGCAGCAGCUGUUAGAUGAGUCCAGGCAGGUCAUCGUGGCCAGAUCAGAGCACAUUAGCUCGAGACCCCACAGCUCUGUACACAACAGUGGCCCCACUAUGAGCUGUGGGACCACUGACCCCCUUUACUCUCAUAAGUGCCAGAUAUCUCACCGCCACCCAGCAACCCAGACAUACAAGGCCACUGAAGCUCCACCCUAAGCCUGCCCUCGACGCAGUACCAGCCAGCCAUGUGGACGGCUUGAUAUUGACUGAUUCUUUUUUUAGUGGAAACUUCAGUAUUUACCAAAGUGACUCCAUGUGCUCAACUAUUUAACACUGGAGUUUUUAAAAUCAGUGUUACUACAGAACCUGAACCUGUGUGCACACAGCUAAAGGUUGAACUCUACUGUCUCUCAGGAAAAUGAUGAAGUGAUAAAAAUGAUGAAGUGAUAAAAAUACAGACUGUCAUGAAUUUGUAAAACUUUUUUUAUACCCUUUAAUCUUGUUUUUAAUUUGGUUCCAGUGCAUGUUUUCUACAAAUGCAUAAUUUUGGGGGGUACACUAGAGAUUAACAUACAUACUGCGUAUAUGUUUUAAACCCUGUUUAAGCUUUUUAAAGGCUGUAUUGUGUGGAGUGGGUGAGAUGUGAAACCAGUCCUACAGGGCUGUUGAGUGGUGUGCCCUUGUAUUGUCUUUCCAGUUUCACUGCCUGCAGAUUUCCCUGGUGACUCAGGAAAUGUUGAUAUCUGUUAAUAGUUUUAACAAUUUGUAACUUGUUCAUGGUGUCGUUACUUUUGAUAUAAAAAAAAAUAUUUAUAUGCAAA